AUGGUCGAAUUCACCAGAGCCUUUCUGGAUCAUUAUCUGCCCGCUGAGGUUCGCAGAGCUAGAGCUGAUGAAUUUCUAUUGCUUCAUCAGAAUAAUAUGAGUGUUCGGGAAUAUAGUUUGAAGUUUAACUCCUUGGCUAGAUACGCCCCGGCGAUGGUAGCUGAAAUGGAAGAUGGGAUGCAUCGUUUUGUGACGGGACUUGGGCCUCACUUGAUUAAAGAUUGUAUGACGGCCUCACUGCAAAGCGGCAUGGAUAUUGCUCGUAUUCAGGCAUAUGCUCAGAAUUUGAAGGACCUUGAACGCCGACAGCUGACUGAGCAAGACCCGAGUAGGGGCAGUUAUAAGCGGGCCAGGUCCGUUGUGUGUUAUUCGUGUGCUUAUCGUGAAGAUUAUAGGCCCUAUUCUUAUAGAAGAUCGAUCCUUCGGCCGGUUAGUGCACCUUCCAAGUUCCGCAGGGCGGCGUUGAUAGACCCACCAUUGCGGGACCGAGUCGAAGCUCGAGAGCUUCAGUUCCUUCUUACAGAGGAGAAUCGAGCCAGGCGAGGGCCCCACUGCCCCGUUGUGAUCAGUGCGGUAAGGGCCACUUUGGCCAGUGCCGCCAGGUUUCCGGGUGAACCAGUUCUUAAAUGGAUGGGCAAUACCCCAGCACCAAAGGUGUUCAUUGACGAUAUCUUGGUAUAUUCUCGUUCGGAGACAGAACAUGCUGAUCACCUCCGAAAGGUGUUGCAAACAUUGCGAGAUCAAAGGCUGUAUGCCAAAUUUUUCAAAUGUGAAUUUUGGCUAACUUCAGUAGAUUUUCUAGGCCAUAUUGUGUCUGAUAAAGGUAUUAAAGUUGAUGAUCAGAAGAUCGAAGCGGGUUAA